CGCCUCGGCCCCGGGCUCCGAAGCGGCUCGGGGGCGCCCUUUCGGUCAGUGGCGUCGUCUACCCCUCUCCCCAGCACCAGCCCCCAGGGACCCAGGCUCGCCAGCGCCCUGCCAGGGAGCCGGCCGGGAAGCGCGAUGGGGGCCCCUUCCGCCCUGCCCCUGCUCCUGCUCCUCGCCAGCUGCUGGGCGCCCGGCGGGGCCAACCUCUCCCAGGACGGCUACUGGCAAGAGCAGAAUUUGGAGCUGGGAACUCUGGCUUCACUCGACGAGGCCAUCAGCUCCACAGUCUGGAGCAGCCCUGACAUGCUGGCCAGUCAAGACAGUCAGCCCUGGACAUCUGAUGAGACAGUGGUGGCUGGUGGCACCGUGGUGCUCAAGUGCCAAGUGAAAGACCAUGAGGAUUCAUCCCUACAGUGGUCUAACCCUGCCCAGCAGACUCUCUACUUUGGGGAGAAGAGAGCCCUUCGAGAUAACCGGAUUCAGCUGGUUAAAUCUACACCCCACGAGCUCAGCAUCAGUAUCAGCAACGUGGCCCUGGCCGACGAGGGUGAAUACACUUGCUCCAUCUUCACUAUGCCCGUGAGAACGGCCAAGUCCCUCGUUACCGUGCUCGGAAUCCCACAGAAGCCUAUAAUCAGUGGCUACAAGUCAUCAUUACGGGAAAAGGAUACAACCACCCUAAGCUGUCAGUCUUCUGGGAGCAAACCUGCAGCCCAGCUCACCUGGAGGAAGGGUGACCAAGAGCUCCAUGGGGAAUCUACCCGAAUACAGGAAGAUCCCAAUGGCAAAACCUUCACCGUCAGCAGCUCAGUCACCUUCCAGGUCACCCGGGAGGAUGAUGGUGCAGACAUCGUGUGUUCUGUGAACCAUGAAUCUCUUAAGGGAGCUGACAGAUCCACUGCUCAACGCAUAGAAGUUUUAUACACACCAACAGCGAAGAUAAGGCCAGACCCUCCUCAUCCCCGUGAGGGCCAAAAGCUGUUGCUCCACUGUGAGGGACGUGGCAACCCCGUCCCCCAGCAGUACGUGUGGGAGAAGGAGGGCAGCGUGCCCCCGCUGAAGAUGGCCCAGGAGAGCGCCCUGAUCUUCCCCUUCCUCAACAAGAGCGACAGUGGCACCUACGGCUGCACGGCCACCAGCAACAUGGGCAGCUACAAGGCUUACUACACGCUCAACGUGAACGACCCCAGCCCAGUGCCUUCGUCCUCCAGCACCUACCACGCCAUCAUCGGGGGGAUCGUGGCUUUCAUCGUCUUCUUGCUGCUCAUCCUGCUCAUCUUCCUCGGUCACUACUUGAUCCGGCACAAAGGAACCUACCUGACGCACGAGGCGAAAGGCUCCGACGAUGCCCCCGAUGCGGACACGGCCAUCAUCAAUGCAGAAGGCGGGCAGUCGGGCGGGGACGACAAGAAGGAAUAUUUCAUCUAGGGGCGCCCCCCCGGGACCCCAUGGGGACGUCUGGGGCCAUCACCAACCUGGACUUGUACAGAGCGACCCCAGGGCUGCCCCUCCCGCUUGCUCCCCAGCCCCCCCCCCACCCCCCUGUACAGAAUGUCUGCUUUGGGUGCGGUUUUGUACUCGGUUUGGAAUGGGGAGGGCGGGUGGGGAGGGAGGGUUGCCCUCAGCCCUUUCCGUGGCUUCUCUGCGUUUGGGUUAUUAUUAUUUUUGUAACAAUCCCAAAUCAAAUCCGUUUCCAGGCUGGAGGGGCAGGGGCCCUGGGGUGAGGAAAGCAAAACAAACAAACAAACAAACAAGACCCACACAAACAGAAAACCUGGAGUGUUAGGAGGAGGAUGAGGAGAGGGUUAGGGCAGGAAGGAGCUGGGUCAGUUUGGUGGGGGACCCUCACCAGCCCUCGGUCAUGAGAGCCUCUUCCUGGAUUUCUCUGGGGUCGGGGAGGUAGUGAGCAGGAGGCGGGAGGUGGCUUUUCCUCUGUAAGUUGCACACCUUGAGCUCUGCACAGAGAAGGUACCACCUGAUACCCCUCCCCCUCCUCCCUAACAGGACAGGGGUGAAUGGGGGCGCCCCAGGAGAUGUGACCUGCAGCUGGCACACAGCCACGCGGGGCCCAGGGCUUCCCCACGUGGGAGGGCACGGGUCCCUGCAGGAAGGGCAGAUUUGGAGAGAAAGGAUGGCAGAGAUGGCUCUCUCUGCUCUCCCCGCCCCCACCACCCGGCCCCUAUGGUGAAUGAAGCCAGGCCCUUUUUCCAGGAACCACCCUUGGGGGACAGCAGAGCAAGGCUGCCCCUCCUUGCUCUAGCAGCUGUGGGGGAGGUGCGGCUCUGGGCCCUAAACUGCAUCUGCUUCCCCGCCCAGGGGCCCCUGACUCUCUCACUGGAGCCCUGGACUGUUGCACGGCAACCACUUGUCUUAGGCACUGCUCAGCAACUUCGCCUCCCUGUCUUGUGCUGCCCUCUGCCCCCUCCUGUUCUCCAAGCCCUCCCUCCCUCCCUCCCUCAGCAGCCAGGCAGACAGAACAACAAAAAUACUAAAAGGAGCUUCACUGCGCUGAGCUGUUUCCUGCCCAAACGAAGGGAAUAGUCAUGUGUGUGUCGGUGUGUGUCUGUGUGUCUGCGCACUUGUGUAUGUGAGCGAGAGGCAGAGGGGCUCCUGGGCAGGUGGGGGGCUGCGGGGCAUGUGGAGGAGGGCUGUGGGAGCUGACAGGCCCUAGGCAGGCUGGGCACCUCACCUGGGAUGUCGCUCCAUCCUGGAAUUUCCAUGCCGUCCCCAGCGCCCAUCUGUUACGGAGAAAACAGUCCCGGGGUGUGUUUUUGCUCAGUCGUCCAUCUCAUCUCUUCCUGAAACACAGGGCAUUCAACCUCUGCCUCCGUCUCCCCGUCUCGGAGCCACGGAGUCAGUGCUAAAGCCUUUGCUAUGCAUCCCUCAGGCCUCCCGCUGGCACUGACCCUGGAAUGACCACUUCACUUCUUGUCCCCAUAGUCUGUACCCGGUGCGUUGAGGGCUAGGGGCAAAAGCGCCUGUCUCCUUCCCAUCUCCAUUCCAUCCCUGCUUUUGAUUUUCUGUCUUCCUUGUGGCCAAGCCGGUUGCCAUGGAAACGAGGCCACGCGCCCGCCGGCCGCCCCGCCCCAGACCCAGGUGCCCCUUGGCGCCGCUCUCACCCUCCUCCAGCACGUCUUGCUGUCCUGACCACCCAGGGGUGUGCCAAGUGGGGGCAGCUGCAGCCAGCAGGUCUGCCCACCCCCUUCAGUUCAGGUAAUACUGUCGUGAAUCUUCCAGCCGCUGGUUAGGGCCCUGGGCCCCCUCCUCUUAGAGCAGCGAGGCAGCCUAGGGCCCCAGGCCUGUGGUCUCCCUGCCUCCCAGCGCCCGCUUUUGGGAAGAUGACUUUUCCUCUUUGAGCUGAACCACUCUGUCCAUAUUACACAGAAGCCAUAUUUGUACCGGGGGGCGGGGGGGACGGGCCGUCGUGCUGCGUGUGUCUGUCUGGGGGUGGAGGGCGGGGCGGGGAGCAGGGAGGGCACGUGUAUCUUUAUAAUCUUUCUAACUCUCCUGUGCUAAUCUCAGAGGGGCCACCCUCAAUAUAUCUGGAUUAUCCGUGUC